UACCACCACGGCGUAUCUGUAGAAUAUUCUGUAGCUUGUGUAGCUUCACGUGAUCCGGGGAAUCCAAGUUUGCUGAGCAGCAGCGACCCUGGCAGCGACCGACGAUUUUAUUGAGAUCUCGCCAAUUGCAAACACCCCCGAAAGACUUUUGAACGUCCUGUUGGUAUUACCGGAGGUUCGUCCAACUUUAGAAAAGCCGGAAGUCGAGAGUACAUCGUACGGGACCUCAAGUUUCCAUUCAGUCGAUAACUCUCUCACCAUGCUCUACCUCCUCGGCGUCAACCUCCCCGACCACAAACCUGUCCCAAUAGCCCUCCAACAAAUCUACGGCGUCGGGCCGCACACCUCCGCCACCGUUUGCCACAAACUCGGGAUCCACCCACGGUGCCGACUCUCCGACCUCGCCGAAGACAAAGUCACGAAACUCUCCGCGCUACUCAACACCAUGACGAUCGAUGCGGAGCUGAAGCGGGAAACCAAGGCGCGGGUGGGCGUGAUGGUGCAGACGGGGCGGUAUAGGGGUGCGAGGCAUAAGGCGAUGUUGCCGGUGAAUGGGCAGAGGACACACACGAAUCGGAGGACGGCGAAGAAGCUGAAUGGGAGAUGGGUUAGGGAUUUUACCUCAUGCACAUCCCGAUCCCCACUCGCACAAACACCAGUCCCAUUACCACCAACACGGGCAUCGCCACUCUCGUUUGCGAAAUCGAUCCUACGUGUUUUGCCUCGGGUGCUGUAGAUAGAUGGCUGCGACGGGUUCAGCUUUGGUCCGGGAGGAAUUUGUGAGGUGGAGGAUGCCGCUCCGACGUAGAGGGUUUGAUGAUGGGUUCGGGAUCGAAGCGUGGGGCCGGAUGGGCCAUCGGUCGGCAGCUUCGACGGCUGUGCGGAGAGGGCGAGUCUGAAGAUAUCACCAAGCGUCAAAGUGAGCCGGCGUCACGCGACUCGGGCUCACCUCACGCUUCCGUGGGAAGCUUCGGCACCAUAUUCAUCGCGAUUCAUGGUCACCUUUACAAUGAAUAGAAUAGAUCAUGCUUUGGGAGGCUCGCGAUCCUUGGCAGCGCACACAAAUACACACAUAUCCGCCUCACG